AUGGGAUGGGGCGAACGACCAGCUCUUCUUAUUAUCGAUGUCUGCAAGGCUUACUGGACCGAGGGCUCGCCUCUAUCGCUCCUAGGCAAUCCGGCCGCAGAGUCAUCCCCAGAUUCCAUGAAGCGCUUGUUAUCAGCUGCGCGAGAAGGGGGAGUCCCCGUAGUGUGGAGCGAAGUCAAAUAUACAAGGCCUGACAUGGCUGAUGCCGGUCUAUUCUGGCUUAAAACGAAGCCGCUUAGUGUUUGGUUAAAGGGGGAUCCCAGAGGUCUGGCUGACUAUGUGGAGGGUCUCGAACCUGCUGUUGACGAUACGGUCGUUGUGAAAAAGUACGCUAGUGCUUUCUUUGGUACAACUUUGGCUACUGAGCUUCAGACACUUAAUGUUGAUACGCUUGUCAUCUGUGGUGUUAGCACCUCUGGAUGUGUCAGGGCGACUACUUUGGAUGCAAUGCAGCACGGCUUCCGGCCUAUGGUUGUUGGAUCUGCUUGUGGAGACCGCACGCCCGAAAUCCAAAAAUCUAAUUUGUUCGACUUGGAUGCGAAAUACGCCGAUGUGGUCUCAGAAGAAGAAGCCUUGAAAAAGCUAAGAAAGAAGUGGUAA